AUGAACUACUUUGGCCAGUGGUCCAACCUGGAGCUGGUGCGCCAGGAUGGCAGCAAGCACCUGGCCACAGACGUGCUUCGUGACGUGUCGUACGUCGUGCUGCUCUUUGGCGCUUUCUGGAGCCCCGAGUGCGAGGCCUUCAUGGACGUCAUUGGCAACUUCUACGAGGCACAUCAUGAGGCGAAGAGGUUCGAGGUUGUGUACAUCUCCCGUGACUACAGCCAAGCGGAGAUGAUGAAAGGCUUCUUGCUGAGUGAACGGGCCUCUGCGGCAGCGCAGAGACGCGAGCAUCAGGGGCGCAAGGAGAAGCGAACGCACCGUCUUCUGAGCGUAGAGAACGGCCAAGCGGAAGCAAAAGAGCCGGGCGUUACGGAGGAAGUGCAAAAGGGCGCGAAUUGCCAGCACUGGAGCGGGCAGGGCGCCAGCGGCGACUUGGAGCACCCCCAAGUUACUUCCAGGGCCAGCACCUUUUCUUCCUCCAUACCCCCGCCGCUGAAGCGCGUGGCAGAGCUGACGAUGAACACCACUGCCACAAGCGGUCUUGCUAGCGCCCAUGCCAAUCCACUGAUGUCGUGCAAACGGCGUGGUUUCUGGGCUGUGCCUUACGACCACGUCGGUCGCGUUGGCGUUCCUAUUCUUUAUCACCUUCGCGUCUUUACUUACCCUGGGGUGAUUGUGUGCCGCAACAAUCGGUUUUCUGCGGGGUUGCCAUCUUCGCUGCUGCCACCGCUACCUAUGGUGUACCAGACACCAGCGGCGCACUCCUUGACCCCACCGCAGGCGAUUCAGCCGGCCGAGGAGUCAGAGACAGAGUUGAUGCAGCCGCCGCCGUCGUUGAUCAUUGAUCGCGCCAACGCCCCGCAGCGGCGGCAGAAGACGCCGAUGGUGGCGCUGCCCGAGUGCUACCCCGACGUGGUCACCGUCGCCGGUCGCUUCAUGAUGGAGCAGGACCCGAGCGGGGAGGACUUCCCGUGGGACAGGAUGAAUUCCAAGACCCGCUCGGCGGCGCUGCUAUUCUUUGUGAUUGUGGCUGUGCUUACCAUCAUAGUGCUCUCGUGGGCGCUCCCGAUGGCUCUCAUUGCGCGGCCUGUGGCUUCGUCGGAGUCCCAGGCAGAGAUGUAG